AUGGCGGAAGUGGAGGAAAAGCUGAGGGAGCUGGUGCAGCAGCCCGACCAACGUCUGCGGGACUUUGCUUAUGAUUACCAGGCCCUGUGUCUCAAAUGGAAACCGGAUAUGCCCGAGGAAGAAAUCGUGAGACGCAUACUUAACAACACAAAUCCAAAAGUAGCGGGGUGUUUGAGAGGAACUGUCCAUACGGUCACAGACCUGGUGAAAGUGGGGUCCAUGGUGGAGAAAGACUGUGGUAGCGCUAAAGGCUAUUGGCAGAAAGUGCAUGCCUCCACCGAGGGAACUGGGAAAAGGGCCCUAGAAAAAAGAGGUGGGAAUAAAUUCAAUGCAGUUGUCACCCAACCUCCACCGCCCCCCAAAUGCAGAGAGCAGAGCUGCUGUUGGUUCCUCUUACCAUAUGCAAUGUCCAGGGAGUGGCUGUGGUGGAUACCGGAAGUACCUACACGCUCAUGCGAGAGGGUCUAUGGAGGAACCUCCAUGGCACCUCAAGAGACUUGA